AAGACAAAGUAAACUAAGUAGAAUGGAAAGAGAUAUCAAGGACUCUAUAAAUUGAUUGCCAAUUAAAGUUAUUCAAAAUAAAUGUUUAGUUUGAAUCAUUUUGUUCAGGGAAAUUAGUUUUAAUGAUCUCUUUCUCAGUGUCGAAGAGACAAAACAAUCAGAAAAAAAAUAUCACUUCAUUGUGAUUAACAAAACCUAAAAUGACUAUUUUUAAUGUUUUCUUUAUAUUCUUUUAAUAUAAGGGGUGGUUUUAACACGUCAUCCACACGCUCUGUGAAAAUAAUGUAUGGAUGAGGUUAAAAUCACCAACCUUUUCAAACGGACUUGACACUUUAAUUACAAUGUGCAUCUUUUCGGUACUAAAAUGCACCCUUCACGGGGAAAUAUGAUACAGGAGGUGUGUACCUUUUCUCUUUUCUUUUUCUGAGAGUGCAUGGUGCAGUGUAUUCGUGCAGAUCCACUGGGGACAGAAGUGAAGUUGGUAGACUAUAAGUGUUGGUGAGUGGGAUGCUGUUCCCUCCUCGAGUGGCACCCUGACAGAAACCGCAGUUUCCUCAAGAAGUGCGCGUGUAGCUUUAGUGUCUCACUUAAGGAAAUUCCGAGAAGGCGCUGUACACACAAGUUUUGAAAGCGAGUUUAUUCUUCAUGAUCAUCUACACGAGGAACGUGUCUUAAAUCUGCCAGACCUGCUGUCAAGAAAACCCAAGAUGAGCUCGUUUUAUUUCCAUUGGAUUGUACUCUCAGCUCUUUGGAUUGCAGGGAGUCAGAUGCACAUCAUAAAUCGCAGCUCACACACCAUCAGUGCUGGUCUUGCAUUUAGGAUUGAGUGCAACAUCAUAGACAGUAAAAUACAGAAUGUGAGUGUGAGCUGGAGCCUUGUUUCCAAUCAGAGUCUGGAUAAUAUCAAGGGAAUACACAUUAAUGUCAACGAGCUCUGGUUUCUACCUGCUGAACUCUCCCACAGCGGACUCUACUCUUGUCUCAGCAGAGAUGGAAAAGAAACCUGGGAAAAAAUAUUUGAUAUCUCCGUUGAGAAUAAAACAUGCCCCCAUUUAAACAGAAAGGACGAUGUAACAAGCACAGCGGAACUGACUUGUUUCCUACCUCACAUCUUUGAGAUAGAGCCUCAAGCUCAAGUGACCUGGAGAAACAACUGCCACCCACUCAAUGUGACAAACAGUAAGGUUCUCCCGAUAAACAGAUCUAAAGACAUGGUUGGACUGUAUACGUGCUUUGUGAACUUUACUUUUGGAGGGAAAAAUUACACUGCAGCCCAGACUACAGAACUCUACAGCCAAGAUAUAGUGGUGACAGAGCCUAAAAUCAUCUACCCAAAAGAUGAAACACUGAAAGUAACACUUGGUGAAAGUUACACACUUAAGUGCAAAGCUCUGAUUGGGGAGAACGAUGAUGAAGAAACUGAUAUUUUCUGGCAUAAUGACAAAGAGUCUCUUGAAUCUGUUGAUCUGAACUUCACCUCAAGCAUCGUGAAAGACGGCGAUCAGAUGUACAUACUGUCCUUUUUAUACAUCACAGAAGUCACAGAAGAAUAUUUAUACACUAAUUUCACCUGUUUUGUUCAACACCCGGCAGGUUCAGAUUUUGGGAAAGUCUUUCUUAUUCCAGCGAGUCAGAUUGAGCGUUAUUACUGGAUCGCUCUUGGUCUGGUGGCUCUGCUCAUAUUACUGUGUGCCGUGGUGUUUCUCUUCAGAAUCGAUCUGGUUCUGGCUUACAGGGCUGUUUGCUCGUCUGCAGCUGUAAACAACGACGGCAAGUUGUACGAUGCGUAUGUGAGUUACCUUCAUGGGGAUAAGCACAGCUCAUCCUCUGCGAUGACAUUUGCCUUGGAUUUCCUUCCUGCGGUGCUGGAGGAUUUAUAUGGUUACAAACUCUUCAUCAGUGGUCGUGAUGAACUUCCUGGAGAAGCGGUGCAUGAAGUCAUUGCAGACAGAAUGAGCCGAAGUAGAAGGCUGAUCAUUGUUCUUACAUCACAAAACUGUGUGUCGCCUCAAACCGAUGCCACCAAGAGCCUUUUACCAGAUCAACUCCCAGUAACCAAUGAUGUGCAACUGAAAGAAACCACUUCCUCUGACAAAAUAUGGGCCACUUACGAGCAGCGGGUGGGUCUCUAUGACGCUUUGGUGAAGCAGGGUCUAAAAGUCAUCCUGGUGCAGGUGGAGGAUGGGGUUGAAGAGGCUCUGCUGCCUGAAUCUUUGCAAUACAUCAGCCGCACUAAAGGCAUCCUGAAAUGGACGCAGAACACCAGUGAAGGGGGGAACAAAAGUUUCUGGAAAUACAUGCGCUAUCGAAUGCCUCCAGUGAAGCGGCAGAAGAACCAAGAGCUGACGGUGCUUUAAGAUCAACUUGAUACUCUACAUAAGUACAUGAACUCAUUAUGAAUGUAUAUUGAUUACACAAUGCAAGUGCAAACUUAGGGACCGUUCACACAGAACGCAUUUUCUAUUUAAGUGCGCUAGAUGGAAGUGCAUGACUGUAUUUGCGUAUCGCACAAAACUUUUUACUUUGGCGUUUAAUAAUUGAUUUUGCUAUAGUCAUGUUAUGUGUAUUAGACAUUAUGCUAUACAUUUUUUACUUAUUUCAUUUGUCCUAUUGACAGUGUACAGCAUAUGCUUUAUAAAUAAAAUUGAACUUGAACUUGAAUUGUAACAGCUCAUUAAUCUCAGUUCCAAAACUGGACCAAUCAGAAGACCCCAGAGGCGGGGCAAGCAUUGCAAGAUUUAGUUUACAGUAGCAAGUUGUCAAUGCAACUGUUUAUUUGACAGGAACAUGAAGGAGGAGGCAUUCUGUGUUGCACACUUUGUUAAAAUCUAUUUUUGAGCACUGUCUCUCGCAGUAUUUAAUGGAAAGAUGCGUUCUGUGUGAAUGUGUGUACUUGUGUAGAGACGUUUUGUUGCAUUUGAAUGAAGAAACCAAGUAUUUUGUAGCUAUUUGGAGUCUGGUGAUGCAAGUUCACAAUGGAGGUAAAAUUAACUGAUAUGCAUAUGGAAGUACACAUUAUUUUUGUUUCGGUUUCUCGCAAUUAUUUUUAUUUACUUUUAUUUAUUUUAAAUUUUUUUAAUGCAGUAUGUUAAAAUAAUGCAUACGCAGUUAGGUAUUUUGUAUUUAUGGUUACAGGGCCAGGAGUUUCUACUCUUUUUAUUUGUUUGUCUAUGUGCUAUAUAUCAUUAUUAAUAUUUUUCCAAACAAAUGUAAAAAUUUAUAUAAGAAUAAAUAUAGCGAGCGUUUACAAGUG